UGCCGUUCCGUUCAGAAUAAGAACGAUAAUCUUAUCACUUAUCCAUAUUCAGAUGUUCAACGCAUAAUCGAACUCAUAGAGCAUGUCCAAAAAACUGGCGAAAUAACCAAUCCCAAAUUGGCAGCCGUGCAAAAAAUAUUACAAUCUGAUUUUUUCAAUUCUGUGCGUGAGGUGUUCGAGCAUGUUUACGAUACGGUGAGUGUGGAAGGAUCACGAGAGGUUCGAGCCAGCGCCACUGCAAAAGCUACAGUUGCAGCAUUUGCCGCAGCCGAAGGUCAUGCUCAUCCGAGAAUAGUUGAACUACCGAAAACAGAUCAAGGCUUAGGUUUUAAUGUGAUGGGCGGAAAAGAACAAAAUUCACCGAUUUACAUCUCGCGGAUUAUUCCCGGAGGAGUGGCCGAUCGCAAUGGACAGCUGAAACGUGGCGAUCAGUUGAUUGCGGUGAAUGGUGUGAAUGUGGAAUGUGAAUGUCACGAGAAAGCAGUUGAGUUGUUGAAGUCAGCGAGAGGAAGUGUUAAAUUGGUUGUGAGAUAUACACCGAAACUGCUCGAUGAAAUGGAGAGACGUUUCGAGAGACAGCGACGUCGUGCUAAUCAGCACAGUCCCGCGCCGAUGUUCAACAAACGAUAG